GUAACGGGUCGCAGGUGUAAACAAGUGUCCUGUCGAGAGAAGUCCAGUCGGUCCAUUCUGUGUCGAUAUUGUUAGUUCACAAGGCCAGUGUUAAUCUGCCCUAGCUGUUACUAUGGCUGAAGGCAGCCCUUCUCCAGAACUGGACUUACACUUCCUGGAGUGUCCAAUAUGUCUGGAGCGACUUCGACAACCCAAGUCCUUACCCUGCCUCCACUGCUUCUGUCAGGAAUGCCUCAGGACCUACAUCACCAAGGAACUGUCUGGAAAAAUGGCGUCGGCAACAUCAUUCCCCUGUCCCGUCUGUAGGAGAAUAACCCAGACCGUCAAUCAAGCGGAAGCUAAAGACAAAUGGGCAGAACAGUUCCCGACUAAUGCUGUGAUCGAGGACCUUAUCAAGCUUAAGGAACAUUCGUCUGAACCACUGUACUGUAAGCCUUGCCAGACAAAAGGUGACCUGACCAAUCCAGCGAAGUUCUGGUGUAAAAUAAUGAACCUGAAUUUUUGCGAAACGUGUAAGGUACAACAUCAUGAUGUCUUACAUAAUGAAUGUGAUAUCUUAGAUAUUACUAGGUACGAUAGCAGGAAAACUAAAAAGAAACAGUCAGUCCCUAAAUGUGACAAACACGACGAGAAAUUGAUUUGGUACUGUGAAGACCACAAACGUCUUGGAUGCAACAUAUGCAUGAUCAAAGACCACAGACGUUGUGAUGAGGUGACAACGGCGAUGGAAUAUUUACAGAAGUUAAAAGCCGGUUCACAACUAGAAGAGAUGGAGAUGGCACUGAAGAAAGGAGUACAGGCCAUGACGUCAUUGGUAAAGGAUUUUGACGAGCAGCUGAAAACCAUGGUCCAAAAACAGGAAAUCGCACUGCAAAGCAUCAAAGAGCUUCGCCAAAGUGUCGAAGAACAGCUGAACAAACUUCAGAAGGACGUCACAGAUAAGUUAAUUACUUUGUUUAAAGAGGAGAAGGGUAAUUUGGAGGCCUCGUCUCGACAGUGUGAACGUCUGAUGAACAAUAUGGUUAAUACCAUGAAGUCGUCCGUUACCGCCGCAGAGGAAAACGACACUUUUGAUGCGAUAGUGUUGUAUCAGAGAGGACAGGCAGAAGUGGAGUCGUGUAAGGCCCUGGUCAUGGAGAUGAACAAGUCCUUCACGUCCGUCAGCAUUAACCAUCAUGUUGUUCCCAGACUGGUAACCCUUGGCGAUGAGGCGAUGGGGAAGAUCGUAAUCGAGAGACAACGCCGAUGUUUUCCUGGUGAUCUUGAUUACCUGCCCGUACCGUUGUUAGAGCGUCGUGUGAAAGAAACAGGGAAGUUUAACGUAAAGACUCCGUCAGAUAAAAGUAAUUGUGCGAUACGUGGGGUUGUGCACCUUCCAAAUGAACAGAUAGUUCUUAGUGAUCACAACAACAAGAAGCUGAAGUAAUUUACAGACAAAGGACAGU